ACGGUCAUCCUAUUUCCGGUUCAGAGUUCACUGGGGUCCUAACAGCGCGGAUUAGAAAGACAGCUGAGUGUGCUAGCAAAAGAAAUACAUAUAUUUCUAUCCUCCAGACCACAGUGAUCAGUUUAAUUAUGUCUGGCAGAGAAGGAGGGAAAAAGAAACCACUGAAGGCACCCAAGAAGCAAUCCAAGGAAAUGGAUGAGGAUGAUGUGGCUUUCAAGCAGAGACAAAAGGAAGAACAGAAGGCUUUGGAGGCGAUGAAGGCCAAAGCUUCAGGAAAAGGACCUUUAGGUGGAAGCGGCAUGAAAAAAUCAGGCAAGAAGUAAAAUCUGAAUCUGGUGUCUACAUAUGGUUGCUCCCCGGCCUCGCUUCCCGCAUCAUCAAACUCAAAACAUGUCCUUGUGUCGACCCCCCUCCGCCAGUGAAAACGUACAGAAAAUUUGUGAAUUUGAGGAUUUCGAGGACAGGAAUUAUCUGUUGCCGGUCAGGUACACCAUAACUCCUACAGGCAUGUAAUUAGAGGUUUCACGCUGUGACACUCAGUCGUACACACUGACCCAAAUCUUCAAAUCCGAUUUAGUAACGAAGGACUGUGUGCCCGUGUGAAAGUUUUAGCUCUCAUCAGAAACACGACUCACACCGAGUUUUUUUUUCUUCUGACUUUUGUUGUAUUGUAAACAGGGAGAUACUAAUAAAGUUUUUGUAAUUACUG